ACGGAAUAUUCAGGAGGAGGAAGAGGAGGAGAAGGUAAGGCAUACAGACAGACAGACUACUGCGGCCCUCGUCACAAUUUUUUUUUCGCCUACCCCGAUGCGAUGCGUGACAAACGGCGCACUGCUACCGUUUCUACGGGAAUCCUCCAGCCAACUGCGCUUUUGCGCCAUGUGCUGCCGUCCGAGAGUUGUCGACCGAAGCGGCACAUACUUUCUGUCGAGUCCGCACUUGCUUGCUUGUUUCUUUUCUCCCAUUGGUAUAUACCUUACUUGCCUCCCUACCUAAGGUAUGUUGGGUAUGUAUGUAUAGUCGCGGUGCUCGAACCCGCCUUCGUGAUCACGAAAGCAGCCGGCAUCGUCACAUUUGGGGUCUCAGGUCUUGGCAAGCAAGAUCCCAAUCUACUUACCCGUCGGCGAGGCCAGGCGCGAUCUUCAUCUACUUCCGCGGGUGUGCAUGUGUGCCUAUGUGCGCGCGCGUGCGAGUAUAGGGAUGUAUGCAUGUAUGUAUGUUUUUGCCCGGCUGCCGUUUGCAGAGAAGCACUUAAACAUUUGUCCCCGGUGGAUGGCCACUUCGGCAGCGGCCGUCCGCGUCGCGGCAGGCAAAAACAAAACAAAAAACAAAGGCUUUUCCCAUCUACAUCCUCACCGCCGGUCGAGGGAAAGAGGUUGGGGUUGGGGUUGGGGUUGGGGUUGGGUUGUUCUUAUUCCUAACGUAGUAAAGAAGAAAUACCCCCUCCUCGUUUCUUCGUAUGCUAUGUUAUGUAGGUAUUUACCCUGCAGUCAGUUAGUCAGUCUGUGUGCAACUCAUAAACGUAUAUAUUAUAUCUCCAUCCGUCUGCCUCUAGCGGGAUCGAAACCCCCGUUGAGAGAGAAGGGGCGGCGGAGGAAGGUCUGGGAACUCGACUCUCGACUCUUGACUCUUGACUUUCGACUCUCGAGUAGGAGGUAGUAUGUAGAGCGUUACUGUAUGUACGAAAGAAAGGAACAUUGAAAGGUGCAAUUUAAUAGUAAAAGGUCGCGGGCGCUUAACUGGACCCGCAAACAGCCAAUAGCGAGCCGAGAGCCGAGUUCGAACCGCUGCAUGACACACCCCAUGGCCCCCCUUAAAAGCUAAGGCUAAGGUCAAGCCAAUGGGGUCGCGACCUCGGGCGAUG